ACUUGAACAAUUUCACCAAGAUGGCUACCUCGUCGGAUCGUCAAGCAGUUGAGACCAAAGGCGCCGAAGACUCAAGAGGGCCCAUUCGUCCACAAGAGGCAGAAUGGCAGAUGUGGAGUUGGAGCUUCAUAUCCACCUACAUUGCUCUUGCACUUUCUGUAUUCUGUGUAGCGCUCGACAACACCAUCAUAGCUACAGCAGUGCCUCGUAUCACCGACGAUUUCAAGGCAAUCAAAGACAUCGGAUGGUAUGGGUCUGCUUACCUUUUGCCGACUUGCGCAUUCCAGCUCAUGUUCGGCCGCCUCUACUCGCGAUACUCAGCUAAAUGGACUUUCAUGGUAGCUUUGUUCUUUUUCGAAGUUGGCUCGCUCGUAUGCGCUGUAGCACCGACAUCAACUGCAUUUAUCAUCGGUCGCGCAAUCCAGGGUAUCGGAGCUGCGGGUGUCUUCUCAGGUGCCAUGCUUAUCGUCGGUAUGAUUGUGCCUCGCAAGCACGUCCCGGCUUUCCAGAGUAUGGUCGGCGUGAUGUUUGGCGUCAGCUCAAUCGUGGCACCCUUGACCCCGAUGCUUGACUGUUGCGUUGAUCUCGCUAACGGAGUAGGNUGCUUCUACAUCAACCUCCCAAUUGGAGGGGUCUCUGCGGUUUUGCUGCUCUUCUUCCUUCGGGUACCAAGCAAACCACGUCUUGAGUCAUUCUCCUGGCAACUGAUUUCAAUUUUCGAUCCCGUCGGUCUUGCGUUGUUUCUGGCCAGUAUCAUCUGCUUGCUGCUUGCCCUCGAGUGGGGCGACGUAGUUUAUCCUUGGUCUGACUGGAGACUCAUUGUCGUGCUUGUAUUCUUCGCUGUUUGUCUGAUUGGUUUUGUUGUGGACCAACUGGCGAUGGAAGAUAAUGCUACCAUCCCUCCUCGACUGGCAAGACAACGAACACUUGCUUCCAUGUCAUUCUUCAUGUUCUGCCUGUUUGGCUAUUUUUCGACCAUACUUUACUUCAUUCCGAUCUAUUUUCAAGCGAUCAAGUCCGCAUCAGCAGAAGGUUCUGGCAUCCGUAUGAUCCCGUUCAUCGUUGCCAAUGUCAUCGCUUCCGUUCUUGCUGGAGUGCUUGUAUCGAAAACCGGCCAUUACUUGCCUUUCUUCUACGCAAGCUCGGUCAUCAGUUCGCUCGGAGCUGGACUGAUCUCGACCUUUCAGGUCGACACGUCUGCAGGGGAGUGGAUCGGUUAUCAGAUACUGAUUGGUGUUGGCGCUGGUCUGGCAUUCCAACUCCCUCCAUCGGUUAUCCAGCUGGUCCUGAAAGCCGAGGAUGUCCCUGUGGGACUCGCGAGCAAUCUGAUGCUCGAAUUCCUUGGAGGAAGCGUGUUUGUCAGUGCGGCUAACAAUCUUUUCAACUCCCGAUUGCGUUCGUAUAUCGAUGCAUUGGAGAUACCUGGGGUCCAGUCUUCAGAUGUGGUGUCUGGUGGUGCCACAUCCUUGCAAGACAUCGUUCCAGCAGAAGAUCUGCCCCGAGCUCUGCGAGCGUAUAUGGAAGCACUCAGAUGGCCAUUCAGGCUGUCGCUGAUACUUGCUUGUCUUGGAACACUCGGCGUCGUCGCCAUGGAGAGAAGAACCAUGCGUGACGAGCAGGCUGAGGUGCAACAAGAUGAGAAUGGCUCGGCGGUCGUAUUGUCCCCUUCC